AUGCCGACGGUGGGUCGUAACAGGCGCAGCAAGGCAGAUAAAGCCAAGCGAGGCUCAACAACUUCCAAUGCCUCUCGGCCAGCAUCUGUUUUGACUGCGGCCUCCGAAUCGGCCAAAUCCACGACCCGGGGGCAGUCAAGCAGUCAUGUACGAAAUGAGGCUGCGCACAAGGAUGCUACGCCCAAGGAUGCUGAGCGCAAGUCAACAUCCUCGAACAAGCCGACCACGGAAGUGCCGCAGAAGGAUGUGCCAUCGAAACCCAAUGUCUUUGACUUUCUCGAUGACAAUGAGGAGACGGAUAGCGAUUCCUCCCAAGGAAGCAGCGGCAGCACCAGCAGCAGCAAGGAAAACGAUAACGGACGCAUCCCCGCCAUGGAGUCGCCUACGCGAAGGGCAGGAUUGGGUUCUGUUACCGGUGACAGACAUUCGUGCCUUCCUUCCGACUUGAAUUCGGAGCCAGGCUCAUCCUUCAGAACGAGCAGUCCGGAUCAGACAUUUUCGGUGGCAUCCAAAGACUCGACGUCAACCGAUUUCGAAUCAGCUACACUGCCGGAUGCUUCGCCGGAAACCAGACAUCUGCGCUUAGCUCACAGUCACAUUGCCCAUUCGAAACUGCAUGUUGCUGGAGGGUAUGAGACUGAGAGCCUCGCAGGAGGCCCAGAACCUCCUCCUGACCACAACUUCGACUAUUCUGCUCCUGAAACGUAUUAUAUUCCCUCCCGAGCGAAUCCUUUAUUGCGAGAUCAGCCAUCGUCGGAGGUUCCAACGGAGGACUCGGAGUCGUUGAGGCCGUCUGGAAAGCGAAAAACGAAAAAGGCUGCCAUGUCUCCCGGCCCGUCAUUUGGGUACGCGUGUCUGGCGUCCAAACUGGAUUCAUCGGUUAAAGACGAUCACAAACUGCCCCCUCUCUACAGAAGAUUCGAGGCCGUCAACCACCGGGUUCUGCUCUAUCUCCAGGACGAAAUCGCUCAGAUGGAAGAGGAGCUCCAAAGGCUGGAUGAAUACGAGGAGAAGCAUCGUAUUGCCUUAGCGCAGCGUGAUGGGACGAAGCCUGCACCUGCGUCACGCCGGAUGGAUGCCGAGGCUCAGGCGUAUUCUUCCUUUCAUUCUCGACGAAUGGCGCUUCUGGAGAAGCUGACCUAUAAGACCCAUCAAUACAACGACGCACUCUGCAGUUUCAGCAAAGUGCUUCAAACCUUGCCUCAAGCAUCUGACCGCGAUGUCGAAUUCUAUCGUGCGUGGAUGCAGAAGCAUUCUCCCAUCGCCAAACCCGAAGCACGUUUCCUCGAUCACAACCGAGACCUCAUUUCACUGUCACCAAACUCUGCGACACGACACGACAAUAGCCUGCUGUAUUUCAUCAUUGGUGUUCUGUCUGCUGCGCUGCUGCUGCCUCUGCUGGCCUAUUAG